CAAGUCCGUGAAGCUAAAAUUGAUUUUCUAACCCAUGAAUAUGAGUUGUUUAAAAUGAAGGAAAUUGAAAGCGUUGAUCAAAUGUUCGACCGAUUUUUAAAGAUUAUCAAUGAUCUUCAUGUCCUUGGUAAAACAUACUCGAACAAAGAUCUUGUUCGAAAAAUCCUUCGGAGCUUAACAUCAGAAUGGCGUUCAAAAGCUGAUGCCAUAUAUGAGUCAAUUGGUAACACCAAUGUCACCAUCGAUGCUCUUCGAGGUAAUCUUAAAACUUAUGAAUCUACUGUUCUUAAACCUUCUCUUCACAAGAGUCCCGAUCUUGCUCUCAAAGCCUCAUCCUCAAAAAGGGUAGAGGUAAGUGACUCCGAUAGCGAUGACGAUAAUCCUUCUUAUAACUUGCUCGAGAAGUUCCAAGAGUUUUUGAAGGAAGAACUUAGGUCCCGAGAUUGUAAAAGAAAGGGGGAACACAUUCCAACGUGCUUUGGUUGUGGUGAACUUGGCCACAUAAAGCCAUAUUGCCCAUACUGCAAGGAAAAGAAGAAGAAGGAACGAGCAUACAUGGCAUGGGAUUCGGAAAGUUCCGGUGACGAAACUGCCACCUUAUGUCUUAUGGCUCAUGAACAAAAUGGAGAGGCUCCUGUUAAGGUUCUUGCCAUACUUAUUGAUAAAGAUAAAGCGCGAGAAGCGGGGCUUAGGGAGAACUUACGAGUCCGAGUAUCUGGGAUUGAGGAAGAUGAUAUCUUAUCAGGCUUUGUUUUAUGCAGUGUUGUAAGGCCAGUCCCUGCUGCUACAGGGUUUGUUACGCACUUGUAUAUGAACUACUUUGGAGCGGUAGAUCUGGGAAUGGAAUUGAUAAGGCGUAAAAUUAGACUAACUUAUAGAGGAGACAAUGUUGGUCUUCAAGGAGUUGUUGCUUCAACAGUCUAUACCAAUGGUGGUAUAGUUAGAGGAUUAAUACCAGGAGUCCCGGCAAGCGAAGGGACAUGCCCAAGGAGCUGUGACACCCCUUCAUCCAGCCAACCACCAAGCUUAAAAACGGAGAACAACGAUGAGGAAUUUGCCAUGAUGGUCAAGCAGUUCCGGAAGUUCAAAAAGUUCUUCAAGAAAGCUGACUCAGUCAGAAGGCCAUCCAAGGGAAAGCCACAGGUAAGUGACUCCUCUCCUGAAUCUUAUUUGUGCUAUGACUGCAGGAAGCCUUGCCAUUGGAAGUCAGCAUGCCCGUACCUAAAAGUGGAGAAGUACGGAGAAAGAGAAAGGAACGAGAAGAAGAAGAAGGCAAUGAUAGCAGCUGAGAGUGACGAGUCAUCCAGCUCAAGCUCGGAUGAAGAAGCCCUCGUCUGCAUGGAGCGCAGAGCUGAGAAGUCCAACCAUGAGGAUCGGUGGACUAUGAGGAAACACGAAAUUGCACCACCUGCACGUAGGAAGUUCUAUGCCUACAACUAUGACUAUAAUCCCAACAAGUUUAGGGAAGCCGCUAAGUAUCUAGGUUUCUGGUACUUAGACAGUGGCUGUUCAAGACACAUGACGGGUGAUGCGAGUCUUUUGAGCAUUCUAAUUCCCUAUGAUGGUUCAAGAGUUACUUUUGGAGGAAGAAAUGAUUUUGGUCUUACAAAGGGGCUAGGAAAUCUGGUGUACAAGGGUUUAACCAUCCAGACUAUAUCUUAUGUGGAAGGUCUCAACUAUAACCUUCUUAGCAUAAGUCAGUUCUGUGAUAAAGGUUAUUCUCUAGAAUUCUUCAAGGACAUGGCAUCCCUUAAGAACAUCUCCACAAAUGAAGUCAUUCUCACUGGGAAGAGAAUCAGAAACAUCUACGAAGUAAUGUGGGACGAUGUCAAGGCAGCAUGCCUAAUCAGCAAAGCGAAAAUGAAGAUUGUUGGAGCUAAUAUUCAUUUCCAGAAAUUAGAAGCCAAAUGUUCUUCAUCGGGGUUCUAUCAAACUUAUUUGGAGAUGAUUGCUGCACAGGAACUCUCCGAAUUCCUUCAUCUGGAAAUCGGCUUCAAGUAUGAAGAAGAAGUUCUUGAAUUCUACAAGAACAGGAAGAUCUCAACGAUUCAAUCCAAGAAGAACCCACAAAGGACGAUUCAAGUAAUUAAGUCCAUUGUUGGAGGCACCAAGGUGAAGAUUUCUCAGAAAAAAUUGAUGAAAAAGCUCCAUCUUCCCAAUUCUGGAAUUGAAAUUGGGAGGCUCCCGUCCAAGAAUCUGGACUGGAAAACUAUUGGGAUUUCUGGACAAAUCCCCUCUGGCCCAGCAAAGAAGGCGGACUUGAAGAAUGACUACAAAUUGGUCAAAGAGCUAGUCAUUACAUGCCUAGAAUGUGGCAGUGGAGGACAUGCAAAUGACAUAACUCAAGAAAGGGCAUUCAUCAUCAACGCCCUCAUUACCAGAACCAAGAAGAAUGAUGCCAGAUAUUGGCUCUACUAUCUGUCUUCUAAAGGAGAAAACAGAGCUAGUUCAACUGCAGAAGAUGAAGGCUCUUCAGACAAUGUCCUAAUUAUUCUUGAUGAGGAAUGGGUCUCGCAAAAAACCUAUGAAGAUCUGCAUCUGGAAUACUUGGCCACCUCUCCAACUUCAGAGUUUGAAGCUGAUGAUGAGGACCCGACUGUCUACAAACCAAUCCUCUCAAAGCCAACUGAAGACCAGACUGCACUCACCACUGAAGCACAGGCUGACAUGGAAGCCACAGCUGAAGAUUUCCAAGUUUUUAUAGAAACCUCACCUGCUUUUGAUACUGUCCUGCCUGAAGCUGUUCAGGAGAAUGCAGCUACUCCCCAGCAAGAACAGAUUCAAACAGCAUCUGAAGAAGAAAAAAAUUUCAGAGAGCAGCGGCUUUGCCGCUGCUAUGGCAGCGACUGGCGAGUCUGGCCGGCGACGACGGCGGCGGUGGUCAGCAGCUGCUUGAGAGACUAGUGGUGAUUCCUUCAAGCUCCAAUUCUUCAAUUUGUUCAUCUUCUACAACAAAUUGGUAACCCUAUAUUUGUCAAUUUCUUUUUUUCUUCUCCAAUUUCCUUGUAAAAGUUUGUUUUUGAUUCAAUUUACAUUCUUUUACCUUGUUGUGUUUAUUUCAUAAAAUUCCAAAAAUGGUUGGUGUUCUUCUUUUAGGUUUUUUUUAUGUUUAUAUUAAAUCCCUUAUGAAUGAGAAUUGAUUCAAACUAGUUUUCUUCAAUUAUUGAGCAAGUUGUUGUUGAAUUGGUUGAAUUGUAUAAUUUGAUUUCAUAAGUAGGUGGAUAUGUGGAAUUUGGUUUUUGUUGAAGCUAUUUUAGCUCCAUAAGAUAGUUAAAUGAACUCCGAAUUCAUACGUGAAUCUUUUUUGUUAUUUGUGUUUGUUGAUUUUAAGAGUUUUGGACUUCUUAGCCCCAUAAGAUGAUUCAUUUUUCUUAGAAUUCGUUAUUGAGUGAUUGUUAUUAUCUCGUGUGUUUGUUUGUCAUUUUCAUUAAUUUGAAGUUGUUUAAGCUCAAAAACAAUUCUCAAUUUAUUGAAAAUAUGUUGUGUUCAUCUAUGUGAAUAGAAAGAACGUCAUUGGUUUGAGAAGUUCAUGGAAAUCUGUGAAAUGUGCUCAUCAUUAGGAGAAAAAGUUUAUUAAAAUACAUAAGGUAUUGGCAGUUUGUGAAUAGAUUAUGUAUGAGAGUUGAAUGCAUAAUAGAUUCUCUCUUUUAUAAACUUUUUCUAUAGUGGAAGUAUGUUUACAUGCUUGAAUAGAGAGUUGGGGUUCUAAGGUAUAUUUCAAAACGGGCCUUUGAAUUGCAUGACUCCGGGCCGUGUGGAGAGUUGACAAUCCUCCAUAUCGUGGUUAAGGAAAUGAAUCGACUCGGCCUUUAAUUGAUUUUCCUAUUCUUAAGUGCGUAAGUUACGUAAUAUAUUAUCCACGUGCCUAUUAUACGUGUAAUGUUCGAUUGUGUUUGUUCUCUUUUUUAUUCUGUUUUAGCAUGUUGAGUUUGUGUUCAUGUAGAAAUGAGGUUUCUGUGUGCUUGAAAAGGUUGGAGUCAGCAGGUUUGAAUAUUCUUGAAUGCUGAAUUUCUGCUCCAAUUGAUGUUUUUAUGAAAUUUCAAGCCUAUUUUUCAUAUUACAUUCCAUUUUGACACUAUUUUCUGCAUUUUUUGCUGGUUUAUGUAUCCAAUUGAUCAUAUAUGUUGCAUAUGUGCUGCUUUGUUCAUUUUCUUCUGGGUACAACAUAUAUGGUUUGAUUAGGCAAGAUUUGUGUGCUUAUCUUGAUGCCUUUAAUGCUAAAUAUGCAAGGAAAAAUGAUUUUACUUGCUGUUUUUUUAUAAAUCUGCAUUACUCUUUCUGUUUUUGUUCCUUAAGAGUGCUACAUUGCUAAAAUAUGAACUAUAAUUGAAAUAUCUUGCAUGGGGACAAUAUUUUGAAGCAUAUCAUGAGGUUUCUAUGCUGAUUUUGAUGCCUAUUGUGCUGAUUUUUGAGCAAAAUCUGAUCUGUAGUGCUGUAUUUUGAAAAAAUCAGCAACCUUUUUCAUUGAUAAGCUGAUUUAUUUUUAGUCCUUAAGAUGCCUAUUGCUGAAUUAUGUACUUUAAUUGUUAAAUAUAUGCAUAGGAACGGACUUGAAGGGUAUUUAGCUUGUCUUUGCAAUCUAAAUUUGACCCUUAUAUGCUGAGUUUUGAUGUCAAAGUGCAAAUGCAGAAAACUUUGUUUCUAAAUACUGAUUAGAAGAUUACAAUCUGCACUCUAGUUUUUGCUUGCGAACUAUGUAGUAUGCCUUUGUAAUCUGAUUUUUGGGCUUAAAUGGUUAAUAUCUGCAUUAUUAAUGUGCAAAAUUCUGAUCCAGAUCAGUGGCCUCAAGUACCCAAUGG